AUGAAUGACUCUAAGAAUGCCAAUCCCAACCCUGCUAAAGGGUAUGCAGAAGGUCCUCCAGCUAUGGCACCACCACCUCAAUAUGCUCUUCCACCACCCAAAAGUCAGAGUACUGAAUUCUUUGAGUUCUGUAUUACAGCUCUAUGUUGUUGCUGCGUCUUAGAUGGGUGUUUCUGUGACCCUUCAGUCUUAUGCAUGAGCUGCUGCUAG